AUGCAAUCAUUGUCAAACCAAGUCCAGUCUCUACACCUUUCAGAUGACCCGCCCACUCAGCGCACCCCGACCGGGCUUUGCGAUUUGCCCCCCGAGUUAAUAGGCGAGAUAGUGAGCUACUUUUUGGAAGACGACCUUGCCCUCCGCUAUCUCAAAAAGAUACGGCGGGUCUGCAAAUACCUGAACGCAAGCACCUACUACCACUUCGGCCAAGUCGGGUUCCCGACCCUGAGCACAGAUCUUUCAUCGAAAUCGCUACGCAAGUUUGAGCAGAUCAGCAAGCACCCGUAUCUAGCGCCUCAUGUGCGCCAUCUCAGGGUUACAACAUGUGACUAUCUCUACUACGGCGAUGAGCUUGAAUGGCGCCGCAAUAAAUCGGGAUGGAUCGUCAGCAGCGCCUCAGUACAGCGCUGGCAGGUCGUCAUCAAGCGCUUCGUAAACUGUCGAGCGUUUCGCGUUGACCAGCGGUCGGCGUACUGGGCCGACUACAGCAUACGGCGUGCCGCGCCCGCGCCCGCGGGCGGGUGGUCGUUGGGGUGGAAGUUCCCGAUUGGCGAUGCACGGCAACAGGGACGGCUGGAGCUCCCGGAUGCCUACAUGGUCCUGAUGAGGAUCAUUGCCGGCGCUGAGAUGCCGGUCGAAGAGCUCGACGUUGAUUUCAUGGUGGAGCCCGUCCCACGCGCUCUCGACGCCACGCAUGUGGAGGACCCGGCGUUCCGUGCGGCGUGGGCCCCCCUGCGCAAGCUUCGCUAUGUAUGUGAAACCGACAAGGCCCCAGACGCUGAGUAUCCCUUGAGCCUGCUCAGAAUCGCGCCUGACCUCCAGGAUUUGACGCUGGGCUUCUCAUCCUGGGGUGGGAAUCCGGAUCUGGCAACCCCUCUGAUCCGGGGCCUAGCCAGUGACGAGUCACUGCCGCCUUUCCAGCUGAAGCGCCUAGACAUAACAAGGGGACAUUUAGGAUCGGGGGAGUCUUUGGCGUGCUUGAUAAAGCGGCAUCGGCGGACUCUCCAGUCCCUCAGGAUGUACUCAGUCGACGUGGAGAAAGGAGGGCUGAGGUAUCUCAUGGAGACCUUCCGAGACCGUAACUUCCAUGAGCUGCAGGAAUUCAACCUCCAUGAUCUAGGAGAAUGCGCAGCGGGCGAUCCAUACGCACGGGAUCGACGGUAUCUUCGCCUCCCGAGGGCUCGUGAGGGGACUGACAUCAAGAUUGGGAAGCCUUGGAAGGGUCUCCUCUUCUCACACUCCAAACUCCACAAUCAGAUCCAGGGUUCUGGACCUAGGGUAGAUCGCCUGCUGAAAAUGGUCUGUGACUAUUGGGAGAUCUUGAAAUAA